AUGAUAAAGUUCAAAAGAACAACUCAGACCAAUGGUGUUGGUACCUCCAUUAUUAAGAUGGCUCAAGACACUAGCCAAGAACCGAAUCCCAGAAGGUCUAUCACAAUUGACACUGAAGGUAUUCCCUACAUUCAUAACUUACCCCCAGAAAAUCAUGAAAUAAUCCUAAGGCGGCAUGUUCUUAUCGAUCCUGGACAAAGAGACCUUUUGUACCGCAUGCACAAGAAGUCUACAGUGGUGAUACCAUAUUUUUACCGAUACACCUUCAACCAACAAAGAGUUCAACUUAAGAGAGGCAGGCUUCGUCGACGAACCAAUAACAUCGCAAACUUUACUGUUCACUCUUUAGUCAGAGCAGCAAACUCCUCGAUCAUCAUUUCUUUUUAUGCAAGUAUCACACUGUUUGAGAUGCUGCCAACUGUCCCUUCGAACCUUCAAGCAAGACCUCAAUCCUCGCCCAUAUUGCCGCAACCAGAUGACAACUGUGACCCGCCUUGGUCUUCUAUGAGGUUUACCUGUGUCAUUCAAAUUGGACGUAUUAGAAGACAAGCAGGAGAAUAUAUUCAGGAGGGUGGUCGUUUGAGACAAAGACUGACAAAGUCUUCAAAGAGAAUAACAGAUAAUACCUCCUGGUUACCGCCUAGGAUGCACCCAAGAUACCUAUUAUUAAGCUAUUAG